GGCUCUCUGGUUUAUACGGGCGCCCUUGGUUCGGCAAGACGUGUAGAUAUAAUAUUUGUCUCCUAAAGAGCAUUUCUUCUGCGGCAAUUCGUCAUGGCGGAGCCAACGCCACCUCCGGGCCAACCCGCUGCGCCCUCCGCUCCUGCGACAUCUACAACGGGCACAGCAGUAGAUUACAAGGCUCCGAAACCCAACCCAGCUUUUCGCAUGAUGGGUAUUCCAGUUUUACCCAGGAAACUCCCCUCUCGUAACUGGAUGAUUUUUUUUGCCAUCACCGGUUCAUUCUCUGCUGCUGUAAUAUACGACAAGCGGGAAAAGAAGCGCGCAACGGCUCGGUGGGCGAAAGCUGUGUCACAUCUCGCCCGCGAACCCCUCUCAAAUCCACACCAGCUCCCCCGAAAAUUGACUGUCUUUCUCGAGAGUCCCCCAGCCGACGGCUUGCGUGUCGCACAAGACCACUUUACCGAAUACAUAAAACCGGUACUCGCUUCGUCGGGAUUGGACUGGGAAUUCGUACAAGGAAGGAAAGAAGGCGAUAUCCGAGCUGCGGUAGCUGAGCGAAUACGGAGGACAAGACAACCGGAAACGGAAGGGCAGACUCAAGAUGAGCUAGUACAACAAAUAAGGAAGAACAACGGAACCCCCGAAUGGCAAGGUAUUCGAGGUGAUAUCGUAAUUGGCCGACACACAUGGAAGGAGUAUGUCCGGGGAAUACAUGAAGGCUGGUUAGGACCGCUUACCCCACCUCCGGUACCUGAACCCGAAGUGAAGAAAGUUGAAGAACCGGUCUCUUCGACGGAAGGGGGCGAGGGAGAGAAAGAGACGAAACCUGAAGAGAAGCCGGAAAAAAAACCGGAGCGACCGCCGCAACCACCUCCGUAUAAUACUACGAACGAUUACCCCACAUCCGCCCUCCCACUACUCAUCCCCUCCGAGUUCUCACCCUCGUCACCUAUAGAAUUUCCCCACAUCCUCGGCUUCUCUAAUACUUUCAUUCGAUUACGACGAUUCCUCAACCGCCGAUACCUAGCUGACGACAUUGGCCGCGAGGUUGCUGCCGUUUGCCUUGCCGCGGCGCGCGAGUACCGUGAAGAUGCGGACUUAACGCGGGCCGAGCAGCAGACCGCCCUCGAACAUGAGGAGAGCAAUUGGCCUAAGUCGGUAUGGAAAGAAGACGAGAUGCCCAAGGAGGGCGAAAAUGACGCUGCAGCUACACCAUCAGAGAAGAUCUGGGCGAAGCCUAUAGUACUAGAUCCCCGAAUCGCAAUGCGUAUGCGCCGCUUCGAGAUACAACCUCAAGAUGAGACCCACGCCAAGGAGAUAAUCGUUCCCGAGGAGGAAGUAGAGGGCUGGAUCAAGGGAAGCUUACGAAGCCUCUAUCGCUGGGCUAUUUCGAAACCCGAACCUAACCCCUCAUGGCCUGACGAGUGAAUGCGAUUACACUACCACUUACAACUAGAGAUUCAAAAUGUAAAGUACGAUAAUGCGGGGGCUCUGUAAAAUAUAAACAUAGAAGGAUAGUAUACCGUAGGGGCCGCAUUCACGACUGGUAUGAAAGCUACCUGUCUUGUACAACUUGCAUAUAUGACGCAUAGGGGAUAUUUAAAGUAUCGGUAGGGGGUUGAAGGAAACCCAAGGGUUGAUAUGUCAUGUGAUGUUGAAUUACGAGAUAUCAGGCCAACGAAACUUGUGAUCGUAUUUGCAUAUAAUUAAUCACAACUCUACUUCCAGAGC